AUGGCCAAAUUGGAGUACGACGAGGAAUUUCUUUCGAGUGCGGUGCGACUUUACGAUGCGCUAGAUGGUCGUAUGGAUGAAUUCCAUUCUGAGAAAAAGUAUCAAUAUUAUGCUGUCUGGGAGCUUUACGGCCAUGAUAAAAACCUUUUUAUGGCAAGUAUGGAUGAUGUGGAACCCAUCGACACAUUCUUUUCCAAUUUUCAGCCGUUUCGACACUCCCCUCAAUUUUCAUCAUUGAGAAUACAAACUCUAGAAGCAUUGAAGAGAAGUAGGAGCACUAAGCUCAGGACGGCCGCAGGCAUCAUGACGAUAAUUCAAGAAGACUGGGACUACUUUGACUGCUGCUGGGAAGCUGCUAGGAAAGUUGACUGGGCUCAUUCUGCCGGGAACAAUUGCCCAUCCGAAUAUCCCUUCUUGCAGGGCCUAAAACUCAUAGCUCGAGAUCUGUAUCGCCGCAUCUUAGAACAAGAAACUCAAAGAGCGAUCAAAUUCAUGUCGGACCUUGAAAAAUACAAUUCUCUGGACUCACCUUCCACCCUGGGCGCAACAGACAAAGUUAACCAGAAGAGCUCCGAAAUCUGCUCUCUACUUGCCGCUGCUGGGUCCAAGAAGACACAUCGAAUGUUCGAUAUGCUUCGUGCGCACUUUGGAUUCUAUCUUGUAUCUGGAGCAGUACGAAGCGAAGAACUUCCUACGGAUCCUGGAGAGAGACUAUACUGUCCUAGAACAAGUGCCGUGUGCGCAGAUAUAGAGCUCCUAAUUCGAACCGUCAACCUAGGUCCGAAAAGAUGA